AUGUCUAAGCGGCUCCAGGGAGAGGAGAAACAGGCAAACUGCGCCCGCAAAAGGUCACGACGUUCUGAUCAGAAGCACCUCUAUCUGGUACUGGAUGACUGGAAAGAUGGGUUCAGCAUUCACAAGAUCGACGCUGACGACGAUGACGCGGACCUUGGCCAGCCACCGGUCCUCCGGUUGGUGUCGCCGGCGCCUGGUUUUCCAAUGCGCUUUGCGGUCCUGGGCAGCAACAUCGUCAUCGUCACCAACCCACGCUGUGGCCAGGCUCCCACACUUUUCUAUGAUACGAAAAGAACAGGACUCGCCGUCGGCCCUCCACUCCCCGGUCCACUGGUAGGUGACUUCCACACCUCCGUGGCCACUGCGGAUAUGCUGUAUGCGCUGAGUUUUCACCAUAGGAAUCAGCAGCACUCCUUUGAGGUGAUGUCUUGGGAAUCUCCAAAUCCUCAUACCAUGAGCUGGUCAUGGACAAGUGUGCCCUCACCACCCCCGUUCGAGGAGGAUGAAUGGAUCGCCUCCUACGCCGUGCACCCUGAUGGACGCACCAUCUUCAUGUCUGGGGUCAACAAGUACAAUCUCAAGCGCCGGACCUUCUCUUUCGACACCGGCUACUGCGAGUGGAGGUUUCAUGGGGAAUGGGCCUUGCCUUUCCAAGGCCAGGGCUACUAUGACAAGACGCUGGACGGAUGGGUUGGCCUUCACGAGGAUGGCUACAUCUGCGCCUGCCAAGUCGCCCCCCGCAGCCGCGCAAGUACCAUGCAGCCGGAGUGGAAGAUUGUCAAGGGGAAGUUGUUCCACAAGGUCCCGGAGAGGAAACGAGCGGCCUCAUAUGCCACUCUAACAUGCAUGGGCAAUGCCAGAUUUUGCCUUGUGGAGUGUGUGGUACGCGAGGAAGUGGAGUAUGAGGACGCCUUAGGUGAUUGUGAUGGUUGCAUGCUCCUUAUGACCAAGUUUGGCCUCAAGUACUCUCAUAAUGGAGAGUUGCAAACCAUCAAUCGCACCACCAACUCCUAUGUGUUGUCCAAGCAUAUCACCGGGUUUUCUCCUGUAGCCUUCUGGAUGUAGGAACUAGCUGGCUGGCUUAGCUGCACGCAAUGGAUACUAUGUCUGUUUCGAGUUUCUGGAUGUAUAUUAUGAUUUGCAUCAAUAAAAAUUACU